AUGAAGAUAACAAAUUUGAGUUCUCUUGAGCUCUUGUUUGAUCAGGAAGGCACUUUCCUACUGAAAAAGGGUCAACAGACCGUUGGAGAAUUGAGCGGAUGUCUCGAUAUUGUUCCAGGUGAAUUCGAGGCCGACUUCGAAGGAUACAUUCAAAGCGGGGUUUCUGGAAUGGUAACUCUAAAAGGGUAUCAUUAUGAGGACAUGGAUAGAUCUUGGCAAGAAUAUGCUAUCAAGCUAUUCGAGGUUGAAGUCAACUUGGAUGAGAUGGAUGUUGAUGGCAACACUGUUGAUAUUGCUGACCGUGGCGAACAUUUGCUCCCUACUCGGUCAAAAUGA